CAAAGUAUUGAUUGUUUUCACAACAACAAGAGAAAAGAGAAUUCCAAAGUGGAACGUCAAUCAAUUUUGAAUUGUAUCCAGAAUCAAGUAAGAUUUUCUAAAAUUUUGGUGUUAAUAAUUUGAAAAAUGAAGUUUGUGUACAAAGAAGAACAUCCCUUUGAGAAGAGGAAGACUGAAGGCGAGAAAAUUAAACGAAAGUAUCCUGAUAGAGUACCCGUUAUUGUAGAAAAAGCUCCGAAAGCAAAAAUUGGAGAUGUCGACAAGAAAAAGUAUUUAGUACCCUCUGAUUUAACUGUUGGUCAAUUUUACUUCUUGAUCAGAAAAAGAAUUCAUCUUCGACCUGAAGAUGCCUUAUUCUUUUUUGUAAACAAUGUAAUUCCUCCCACAUCUGCUACUAUGGGAUCUCUAUACCAGGAACAUCAUGAAGAGGAUUUCUUUCUCUAUAUAGCUUAUUCUGAUGAAAAUGUUUAUGGAAACGAUGAUGAUUAAUCUCUUUGUGUUGAGAAAUAAUAGUUCUGUAAAAAUUACUUAUGUAUUACGAAAUUUUUACAAAACUGAUUCAUUUUUAUUGUAACACUGACUAAAAAAUAAAUAAAUAUUGUGUGUAACAACA